AUGAAAGAUAUCAUGCAGGAAGAUGAUAGAUGCGUUUUAAUUAGCGGUAUUGCUGGCAUUGGAAAGACUUCGCUUAUUGACCAACUUGUUUUACAAUGGGCAGAUGAUAAAGUUAUGAAUGAUUUUGACUUUGUUUUUAAAUUUCCUUGUCGCGAAUUGAACACGUUAAUAAGCAUCUCCAGCUGGGCCGAACUUGUACUAAAAACUUUACCACACACUUACGAAGGAUUUUUUGAUGAGCUAAUGGAAAACAGUGGCAGAGUUCUGGUUAUCAUUGACGGCAUUGACGAAUUUCGAUAUCUUGAUGACGUAAAACACCUUUCCGCGGGAAAUCCUAGACAUAGGCUCGCUUCUAUUGUGCAUGAUAUAAUAUUAGAGAGGAAUUCAUUAUUGUCUAACGGCAAGGUGAUUGUAUGCGGCCGACCACAAGCUUGUAAUAAGCAUAGUAGAGAUGAAAAGCAUACUAAAGUUAAUAGAAGUUUCUGGUUUUAA